CCAGCAACUGUGCGGCAGGUACUCGCUUCGGGCACGUUAUCUAUUGAUCAAGAAAUCAUGGUCAGAUCCCAAGUGGCGGACCUUCUCAUCCUCCUGCACGAGCGAAGGGCGCAGCAUCAUCUAUUGAGCGAUGCCAUGCAGCACCUAGACACUAUUCUGCGUCGUCUUCCACGAGACUCGCCAGAUCGUCCCAAGUACUUGAGUAACCUGUCGUAUGCAAAGAUGUCGGAAUACAAAAUGACCAGUUCCCGACACGCUUUGGACGAGGCUGUGUCGUAUGGACGACAAGCUAAUGAAAUGGCAGCGACCAUUGACCUCUUCCAUUGUGACCUAAACGUGUAUCUCGACAUACAAAACAACUUGGGGUUCGCGCUCGCUCUACGAUACGCUCUGAUACAAGACCCCGAGGACCUCGACGGCGCUGUUGCAUGCGCAAAAGAGACGUAUGACAAUGCUUCAAAGGACUCCAAAUCGUACAAUUUCAGUCUCAAUAACCUUGCCUCGCGCCUCCGAAUGAGGUAUCUUCGAGAUCAAAAUCCAGAUGAUAUCAACGAAGCACGAAGACUAGCCAAUGAACUGAGAUCGAGAACGACUGCUGGUACAACUGAGCACGCCGCGGCCGCUGCUCAACUAGGGUUCAUCAAUGCCGAAAAAUUCAAACAGACGGACAAGCUUGAAGACUUAGACGAGGCUCUUAGGCUCUCGACGAACGAAAAGUUGAUGAGGAUUGACUACGGGAACAAGCACGUUAGUGAGCUGAGAGUCUUGACGCCUCAGAACUACUCUCAGGCCCUGCGGCAAGCUUGGGAGAUGGAUGCACAAUCAACGCUCUCGGGGAUAUAUUACAAUCGCAACGGCCCGAUCUAUGAUCAGAGUCAACAACGAAUCAACCCAGACCUAGUCAAGUCGUGGCUGAAUAACUGUGAUCACAACCACAGCUUCGCUUGUAACCAUCCGCGAUCUGGAAAGCGGGCAGAGAAUAAAAUGCGCCUGACUCUCAUUGACGUCAAGGAGGAAUGCUUGGUAUCUGCCUCCUCAGACGCGAAGUACUUUGCCUUGAGCUACGUCUGGGGCCGGUCACUUGGAGAGAGAUAUCUCUGGGUCGAUGCCGUUUGCAUGGUGCAGGAUGACGAGGUCCAGAUGGCCGGAGACAUUCCAAAAAUGGACAUUGUCUACGGACAGGCCUUUGCUACCAUUGUCGCACUUGAGGGUACUGAUGCGGAUGCCGGCUUGCCGGGGGUCUGUGCGGGAACAAGAGAGCCUCAGAAGAUCACCACUCUCACCAUCUCCAACAAGUCACUCGAUCUUGAUGACGAUCCCGACAGCAAAGAUGUUGUUUACUUUCAGUGCGGCCAGGAAACGUUGAGUGAAGGAGGCGCUAAUGAGGAGUUUGAAGCGCUCACGUUUGACCAAGCGGCUUUGUCAGAUAACCACAUCUUGGAGAAGGCGAAUCGCAACAAUCCCCUUUGCAGCCUGGACGUUAUUUACGACCUUACGCUAUGUGAGCGACUCACUAAGGCUUUCAACACCUACACGAAGCUCGUCGGGACCUACAGCCAACGAAACCUGUCCUUCAAGUCCGACAUUCUCAAAGCCUUUGCAGGAAUAUUUGCAGUGCUCGAGGAACAUUUCCACGUCGUGACACUCCAUGGACUGCCAGCAGCGGUAAUCAGUCACGCCCUUCUUUGGUCGCCUGCGGCAAGAAUUCCACGUCGAGGCUCUCAGUUGCCUACAAAUUUGACCCUGCCCACCAGCGGCCCUGAUCCACAGUUUCCAAGCUGGUCGUGGGUAGGAUGGGACGGCCCUGUGGAAUAUCGGGUAUUCGAGCAUUCGAAGGGGGAGAUGGUCCUGCCAGCCCCACGAGUAAAAGUUUAUGACACCAUCAACGGCCCCAUCAGCGACAUUAUACAGGGGCAAAAGGGAUCCCUUGAGCCCGCACACCAAGCACCCGACAGGACUGGCUCCCCCGAUAAUGGAAGAGACGACCAGGGGGGCGGAACAGGCAACAGGCCGGACAAAGAAGAGCACCCGAGGGAGCAUGUUCUCGCCAAAAUGGUCCCUGACCACUUCCGUGGCAGCAUCUGGAUCGUAGGAGCGCCGCAGGUACCCCAAGACAGAAAGGACCCCCACAUCGCGACCAAGCUGCUGCGUUUUACCGCGCGUACUGUUCCCCUCCCAGCAUUCCAAGUCAUGCCUAAUAAGGAAUACCUCAGCUGCAUGUCCCAAGUCCAUGUUCGAAGCUCCCAAGCCGUCCGCCGCAUCCAGGACCGUAACGGCAAGCACUGCGGGCUAUGGUGGGAGCAGGCUGGGUACGGCUAUGUGGGACUGGGCAUCAGCCCGGAGGCGGAGAGCAAGAUUGACAUGCACUAAUAGUCUGCACUGCAGUGUGAACUAAUCGUCCAGUUAAUAGUGCGCACUAUUAGGAGCGCUG